AUGAAUGCUUUCCACGCGAUUGGUGCUCCAUCUGCCCUCAGUACUCAGACACGGUGCUAUAUAACUGGGAGGGAUCGUCUUAGGAAGACGACGACAACGACCUUCCGUUGUUGCCACCUUCGAUUUUGUAUCGAUCUCGGACUCGAGGCUCGAAAUAUGACGAUCAUAUUCUAUGAUAUCCCGUCGACACUCCCCGACAAUGCGUGGUCGCCCAAUACCUGGAAAACGAGGUACUGUCUAAAUUACAAACGCGUCCCUUACAAAACCGAAUGGGUCGAAUACCCCGACAUCGAGCUCCUCUGCAAGAAACUCGGCAUCGCGCCGACCUCCAAGAAGGAAGAUGGCUCCGGGCGGGACCACUACACCCUACCCGCGAUCCACGACCCAGCCACAGGCGCAUAUGUCUCGGACUCCUUCGCCAUCGCGCAGUACCUUGACAAGACGUACCCAGAUACGCCGCGCAUCUUCCCCGAGGGCACUGAGGGGCUGCAAGCCGCAUUUGACGCUGCGUUCAUGGCGAAUCUCGGGGAGUUGUGGGCGUUUGCGCUCCCGGCGGCGUGUGUUCGGCUGAACCCGGUGAGCGAGGAGUACUUUAGGAGGACGAGGAAGGCGGUGUAUGGGAAGACGAUGGAGGAGAUGGUGCCGAAGGGGGAGGAGGCGGUGAGGGCGUGGAAGGGGUUUGAGGAGGGGCUUGGGAAGGUCGAUGCGUGGUAUCAGAAAAAUAGAGGGAAAGGGAACUAUUUGUUGGGUGAGACGCUGUCGUGGGGUGAUAUUGCGGUCGCGGGGUUCUUGAUUUGGUUGAGGAUUAUAUGGGGAGAAGAAAGUCGGGAGUGGAAGGAUAUUGAGUCGUGGCACGGAGGCAGGUGGAAGGCGCUUAUUGAGAGUUUGAAGGAGUACGAGACUGUCAAUUAA